CGCCAGGGCCGGGUUGGGCCAGAGCAGCCCAAGAUGGCCGACUUCGAGGACCGGGUGUCGGAUGAGGAGAAGGUACGCAUAGCUGCUAAAUUCAUCACUCAUGCACCCCCAGGGGAAUUUAAUGAAGUGUUCAAUGAUGUCCGGCUACUGCUUAAUAAUGACAAUCUCCUCAGGGAAGGGGCAGCACAUGCAUUUGCCCAGUAUAACAUGGAUCAGUUCACACCUGUGAAGAUAGAAGGAUAUGAAGAUCAGGUCUUAAUUACAGAACAUGGUGACCUGGGGAAUAGCAGAUUUUUAGAUCCAAGAAACAAAAUUUCCUUUAAGUUUGAUCACUUACGGAAAGAAGCAAGUGACCCCCAGCCAGAGGACGUAGAUGGAGGUCUGAAGUCUUGGAGAGAAUCCUGUGACAGUGCUCUAAGGGCCUAUGUGAAAGAUCAUUAUUCCAAUGGCUUCUGUACUGUUUAUGCUAAAACUAUAGAUGGGCAACAGACCAUUAUUGCAUGUAUUGAAAGCCACCAGUUUCAGCCUAAAAACUUCUGGAAUGGUCGUUGGAGAUCAGAGUGGAAGUUCACCAUCACACCACCUACAGCCCAGGUGGUUGGAGUACUUAAGAUUCAGGUUCACUAUUACGAAGAUGGCAAUGUUCAGUUGGUUAGUCAUAAAGAUGUACAGGAUUCAGUAACUGUUUCGAAUGAAGUCCAAACUGCCAAGGAGUUUAUUAAAAUCAUAGAACAUGCAGAAAAUGAAUAUCAGACAGCAAUUAGUGAAAACUAUCAAACAAUGUCAGACACCACAUUCAAGGCCUUGCGCCGGCAGCUUCCGGUUACCCGCACCAAAAUCGACUGGAACAAGAUACUCAGCUACAAGAUUGGCAAAGAAAUGCAGAAUGCUUAAAGGCUGAAUGUAGGAUUCUUCAGUACGUGGAAAGAAAGGAUUCAACAUGCGGUCAUAUGAUAAAUAAGUGAUUUAUAAACAAGAGUGAUAUUUUGCUAGGGCUUUCAGAGCUAACAGGUUUUCUAGCCUCAUGGAAUACUGUUGAACCUAUAGCAUCGUCUUGAUUCUUUUGUGUUCUCUGCCUUGUAAUUUUCUGUUUUCACUAUAUCUACUUGUAAAUUUUUUUUUUUUUUAAUUCUGCCACAUUUAAUGAUGGAGAGAGAGAGAGAGAUCUAUUCUGGAGUCAUUUUACUGUUUAGAAAAUUUUCCUAGCCAUGAAGCCCUGUUACUGAUAUAGACAGGUCAUACGCUCAGUACUUUUCUACUCCUGUCCUUCAAAGCACUUCUGGUACUUCAGUGGUUUUUACUGAUCCACCAACAGCUAAAGAGGCUAUGCUACAAACUAGCUGAGUGGAAGACACAUUCAUCCUUCUCCCUCCAACUGCUUUGAUCAUCAUUUAUAGCAUCUCAUAACUGUAGUUUUCAAAAGUUUGGAUUGGGCUUUUCAGGUCCUUUUGUGGGAGCAAAGGAAGUUUUCUGGAAAUUCCAUUAUAGUCAGCUUCUCUAGGGAAGUUGUUUUUAAAUCCAAAGACUUGAACCACAUUCCCUGCACAUGAACGUGUUUGCUUUUUUUCUCUUCCCUCAUUGUCUCCUUCCCAUCUAGUACCAUUAUAGUUACAGACAUCUGCAUUUUUAGAAGGGUUUUACCCAUUUAUUAUUUUUUAUUAUUCAAGAACUGCUGACAUACUAGGGAUGUAAUAGAGUAUAAAACUUGAAAAAUGCAGAUGUUGAAGGAAUAAUAGGUAUCUUGUGCUUUAAUACUUUGUGGCAGGAUUGUACUAUAAGCCGAUGAAUCAAACAACUAUGUAAAUCACAAACAAAAACUAAAAAUGAACCAAAGUGAAAAGGAUACGUUCCAGGCAGUAUCUUUCUAUUGUAACCUGUUAUUUAAGGGAAUACUAGUGAUUUGUUCUAAAUAGGAUGUAAUGUAAAACUUGUUCCAAAUUACUCUUCCUCAGUCCUGCCUGCCAAGAAAAUGUAACUGUGAUAUAGCAACCCUUCCCAGGUAUAUUGGCAGGUAUAUGUGUGAUCUCAGAAUACACAGGUGACAUAGAUAUGAUAUGACAACUGGUAUUGGUGGAUUCAUUUACAUUGUUUACACUUCUAUGACCAGGCCUUAAGGGAAGGUCAGUUUUUAAAAAACCAAGUAGUGUCUUCCUACCUAUCUCCAAAUAAAUGUCAAAAAAGAAGGGUGUUUGUGCUUCAGCUUUGUUUUUGCUCAGUAAUACAGUCAAGCAAGUUUGUUUCCAAGUGACCUGUUGAGCUGUGUAAGCAUUUUUGUUUAUUUCAAAUAAAAUAUAUUUGUAUUAUGUGUCAUUCAUACUAUCCAUUCAUAUCACACUAUCCUCUGUAUCAGGUAGUCCAAUAGAAAUAUACCUGUUUUGUUCUUAAA